UGUUAUUGUUGUUUCAGUUUAUAUAUUGUUAUGAUUGAGAAAGGACGACAUUAAAACGUAAAACACAACGCUAUACUUAUUUAUUCAAUUCAAGUAGACAUUUUGGUGCCGUGGCGAAAAAACUAAGUACGCCGUCAACAAAUACAGAUAAGUUAAAGGGGCAGAGACUAGGAAAUCAGAAAGUUAUUGAGCGAUUAAUCGAAAGAUUGGAAGAAAAUGACAAAUUGCAGUUUGAACCAACCAUCGUUGCAAUAGAGAACCAGUUGGAGAUAAUACGGGGAUUAAAUGAGAAAAUAAUCGCACUAUCAGACGCGGAAUCGACCCCAGACGAGCUGUUGGACUCGCAGAUGUACGUUUUUGACAUGGAAGCGAAGCUUCGGAGAUACCGUCAAAAUCUGCGUGAUCACCCAUCUUCAAGUAGUACAGCCGUCCAUGAUAGUAGUCUGUCGAUGUCCGUUCUGCAGCCAACCGAGCCAUCCAAUACACGCUAUCGAAGCGUAGAGGAAGAACCGCACGCGCCUCUGCAGUUACCUACCCUACCGACAUCAUCCGAAAACGUUAAUUAGUCGUCGCUUCCGGCCUUUCAUCAACCCCGUCAAGUCGCUACGGCCAUCGCUGACACCAACAUAAUGCAACCAGCCCAGAAUAACGUUUAGCACCCAACAUCCGGUGACACAAACACGCAUAACACGCCAUCGCUCAGUGAAAGUUCAAAUCGAUCUGGAGCCGCACAUAACAGAUCUAAGGAAAGGAAUAAGGAGCAGGACGCUCGUUCGACGCCUCAAAAUUUGUCAGAGGCUAUGGGCGGGUCCGGCAAGCCUGAAAAGUCUACCAGAGAAAGUCAAAGCAAUAUUGAAACUUUCGAGUCAUGCAAAACUUUACGACGAGAUGCAGAGAGCGAACCUGUCGCCAUACUUAAGGCGUCGAGCCGAUCUGUGGGAUUAAGCGGUGUUCCUCGGACACCAAGUAAGUUUUCGGCCGACCAUCCCAAGGAUCCCGGGCUGAGUUUAAGCCGCACAAGGAAUGGCUCCUAUACGACGUCAGGUGGCACUCCCCAGGAGCACGGGGUUAGUUUGGAAAACAUUCCCAAACCGUCGGUGAGUUCAAACCGCACCCCAGAUGGACCCAUCGUGAGUUCGAAUAAAACUCCCCAGAAUCUGUCCGAUUACUGGAGCCGACAGAGCCCACUAGCGGAGAGUUUGCCGCGACUGCGGAGCAACCGGAAGUCACUUUUUAACAUCAAAGAGUGCCUGGGAAAAUCAUCGCAAUCAACACCAGUUCGAAAAAGAAGCAGAAGUCACGACUGCCCGGAGCAGACAGGCAAUUUGACAUCGGAGAAUCUUCCGGAAUCUCCAUUUCCGUCCACGAGUUCGGAUUCAAAAUCGCCAUCCAGUCGGAAAUGGCCGGAAACCAACCAUUCAAAAGAUCAGACGACAUCGGAAGCGCUCAAUGCAAGCGUCAUUCCAAAGAGUGCUUGCAAGGACGUCAUUCAAACACCGAGCAAAACACUUAGACGCCAAAACGGCAAAAGCUCAAUAAAUGACAUAAUUAUUUCAUGUAAAAAAGGAAACACUUAUAUGCAAUUCGAAACAUCAGCGCAUCUACUCCACGGAAGAAGACUGACUGGACUUCCAUACAGUGACGCUAAAGCCGUUGGUGAUAGUUCAUUCCCCAACGUUACACGUCGUGAUAUCACACAACGCGCACAAGCUCACGUGCGUCUUAUCGAACAGUACCGUCACCGAUGGGCUCACGAAUAUCUGACGUCACUGAGGGAAUUCCAAACGAAAGACGGCAACAAUCAUCAGACGAUACGUUUGGGCGACGUUGUUAUCGUACAGGACGACUUCAAACCGCGACUUCAGUGGACCCUGGCUGUGGUAGACGAGCUUCUCACCGGAAAUGAUGGGUUGACGAGGGCCGAGCGCCUCGGUACAUCAAGUCGAAUCACCACCAGACCUAUCGUCAAACUAUACCCGCUAGAAGUACACUGUGACGACAACUGACUUUAAUUGUGUGCAAUCAAGUGUUUAACUCUUUCUGGUGUUAUGGACAUUUGAAGUUUUAAAAACAUCAGUAGAUUGAAUUAUUUUAUUUAAAUAAGCAUAUUUUGUAAGUGUAUAUUAACAUUUCGCGACCCGGAGAAUGUUGGGAAUUUAGCGCGCCGUCGUGUGACGCCGCCGUUGGCGCGCCGUUGUGUGACGCCGCCGAAUAACGUCAUAUACAUGCACGUCAUCUUGUUAUUGUUGUUUCAGUUUAUAUAUUGUUAUGAUUGAGAAAGGACGACAUUAAAACGUAAAACACAACGCUAUACUUAUUUAUUCAAUUCAAG